CUUCGAUUGUCUCUCCAACAUGGCUGACGUACAGAUUCCCAAAAAACCUGUCAAGGCAUUAAAACUUCGUCUUCAAAAUGUUAAAAAGCAUUUAGAUCCUAUUUUAUCUAGACCGUUGAACGAAACUUAUUCAAAAUUAAGUCUUACCGAAAGGUAUGAAUUAGAAGUGCUUCUAUCCUACAGUUUAAAUACACUUUAUUACAUUUACUUACGAACUAAAGGUUCCGAUCCACAAAAUCAUGCUGUAAUGACGGAACUGAAACGGGUACAAAGCUAUGUCCUAAAACUACAGAAAUUGCAAGGAAAAGGACCUAAACCUUCCAUGACACUUGAUAAAGAUGCAGCCGCCAGAUUCAUCAAAGCCAGUCUGGCAAAUAACGAUGAGUAAUCAGAAUUAAACUAUAGUAUACUCAUCAACUUCGACACACAAUUUCUUAAAGUAAUACUUAGCAGCAAUAGUUGUUAAGCGGCCAUCAUUAAAACACAAAAAUUCUGGAUCAUGCAGAAAUUGAUGAUUUCAGUAAACCAUAUAACCACUUCAGCAUCAUUAAUGGAAAGAUAAAUAAAUUAUUAUCAAAU